UCAGUCAGGAGGCGGAAGCUGGUGCCGGCGGGAAGGUUGUUGUGCGGCGCUACGUUGUGCUCUUGUUGAGUUCAGUGUGGGCUCCCCGCCCCCGAGCUGAGGUCUGCGUGGGCGCCCCCCCCCACCCCGGCACAGACGUGACCGGACAGCGAGGUUUCUCGAGACUCCGCGUAUCCGGAUGAUUGUAAAGUGCUGAUCAGUGGCCACUGAAUAUAAUUGAAACAGAAUAGGAAGAUGGCAGCAAAUCCUUCAGGACCAGGUUUUCAAAAUAAAAAUAGAGUUGCGAUCUUGGCUGAACUGGACAAAGAGAAAAGAAAAUUACUUAUGCAGAACCAAUCUUCAGCAAGUCACCCUGGAGCUAGACCCUCUAUUAACAAGGACUUCCGGGACCAUGCUGAGCAGCAGCACAUUGCAGCCCAGCAGAAGGCAGCUCUGCAGCAUGCUCACGCACAUUCGUCUGGAUACUUCAUAACUCAAGACUCGGCAUUUGGGAAUCUUAUCCUUCCUGUUUUACCGCGCCUUGACCCAGAAUGAAGAAAGUAUCUAUGAUCAAAGGAACCUUGUAGUUAGUAUCAAAUGUCAAAGCUCUCACUUGGCUCUAUACAAACUCUGACUUUGAGGACUUCGGAGAAUUUAGUUUUUGUUUCUUUAAAGAAAGGAAUAAAUGAGAGUGAAGAAAGAAGGGAAGCUGGGAUGCUGAGAACUUUGGACACGAUAUGGUUGGCGGAAUUGGUUGUACUGCCUGUGACUAACUUUUUUGUAUUACCAUUUGACUCUUUAUUCUCAGACUUAGAAUUGCUUAGUUUCAUAAAAUCUUCACCAACCUUCAAGAAGUUGGACUGAAUGUCUCAUGCAUGAAGUCCUGGAUUUGACCCUAGCACUGCACACACAAGCUCUGAUACGCAUUCCGGUAAUCUUGGCACUGGAGAAACAGAGACAGGAAGAUCAGAAGUUCAAAACCAUCCUUGCUUAGGUAGUGAUUUUGAGACCAGUCUGAGGUAUAUGAAACUGCCUCAAAAAACAAAAUACCAAAACCAAACAAGAACCAUUUAUAGUCCUAACUUUUAAAGAAAUGAGGGUGCUUUUUAAAAAUGUGAACAAUAGUCUUACAUUACAAACAUACUUUUGGUUUGUUUAGAAGCAACAUAUCUAGAAAUACUCUGAGCUAAUAACUAGUUCUCCUGUUCUGAAUUUUAAAACUUCAAAUAAGACUAAAUUAUCAACCAAUCUUUGUUUUUCAAUAAACGAUGUGACUAAAUACUGUUAGAAAAACUAAGUAAUAUGGUUGCUUUAAAUGUAUUUAUAUUCUCACUUCAUGUUGCUACACAAAUGGUGUGCUUGAGUGGUUUUCUAUUUUUUAUCUAAUUGAAAAUUUAAAACUAGGCAAAUUAAAGCCUUUUAAAUUCUCUUAAAUAAAAAAGACUUAGGUUAAGCAAGUCGCUCAACAGGGUCAAACUUUGACAAGAAACUGAGGUGUUUGUUUAAAUAUGUGGUUGCCACUACCUUCCCCUUGUCUUACAGAAGUAGAAGUGUGGCCAGGCCAUGCUAGUACUCACCUUUAAUUCUAGCACUCGGGGGCAGAGGCAGGUGAAUCCCUAUGAGUUCAAGGCCAGCCUUGUUUACAGAGCAAGUUCCAGAACAGACUUCAAAGCUUCACAGAGAAACUCUGUCUUCCAAAACCAAAAACCGGUCUUGUUCUGUAACAGAUCUUGCACACAAAUGUCAUGAUCAAAAUGUAUGUUAUAAAGGAGGUUAUUUUGUAAGUAUCUUGGAAUUUUCUGUUCCUGAGGAUUGGCCCUAGGGAUUUGUAAAAACUUGCAGUGUUGUUUCACUGAGCCAAGGCCCCCAUCCCUACACAACCCUGUGUAAUUGACUGUCUUGCAUCCCCAUCCUCUGGUGUUGGGGAGUUUGAACUUAACUUUUUCAGUUGGGUCAAUAUUUAGCCACAGUUAGCCUCUAAUACUUCCUUUUAGGCAUUCUCAUCAACCACAGAGCACACUUGGAGUGAUGUGAGAGUGAGCAGUCCUAGAAGGGUCCUUAGUUCUGCAGAACUGAUUUCUACUGAGUGGGUGGAAACCCACGGAUUAUACUAAAUUCUGAUUAUACUAAAGCUCCCCAUUGUAGGGUGGUACCGUCAUGUCUGCUGUGUCUGUUCCUCUGCUUCCAAAAGAACAGCCACCUAGUAGCCUAGUAGCCUUCAUUUUCAGGGGAACAUUGUUUCUGUUCUAUCAUCCCUGACAUACUGUCAUGGUUACUGAUGUUAGGAAAGUAGGUGUGUGUAUAGUUUUUUCACUAUUGUAGCCUUUUGUAAUUUAGGUUCCUGUUUUCCUGUUUCUGAGAUAAGAUGCCCUGAUGAAAAUACCUUAAGGGAGAAAGGGCUUGUCUUGAUCCACAGUUCAAGACACAGUCCAUUAUGGUGGGGAAGUCAAAGCAACAGGUGCUUGAAGCAGUUGGUUACAUCUCAUCUGCAGUGAAGUGGAGAACAAAGAAUGGAUAUUACUGCUCUCUCCUUUACAGCCAGGGAAUGGUGUGGCUCCCGACAGUGGGUGUAUCUUCUACCUCAGUUACUACUAUGAAGGUAAUUCCACAAGGCAUGCCUAGAGGCCCAUCUCAUAGGUGAUUCUAGAUCAUCACCUAGAACUGAUGAUGUUAUCCUACUAACUAGGACAUUUCUCUGGUUCUCUGCCUUGUGUAACAGAUACACAGAGAUGAGUAUGUGGCGUGUGCUAUCUUUAAGGGACAAAAAGAUCACUGAGAUGUGCGUAUGGGGCGGUGACAUUGUGGAGGAUCCUACUCUGGCACACAAGUAGUCAUAAAGCAAGCAGUUACGGCAUAAGAGACCCAUCUGAGCACACUGCAGUUUAGAUAUGGCUAGAAGUAUGUAGGUGAUGUAACUGGCAAGGGAGUGAAGGGUACCCCAGACAAAGGUCAGAACUGCAGUCCAGGCCAAUGUGGUGGUCCAGGACUCAGGUAAGGUCAGCCUCACUUACAGAGUGAGACCCUAUUCCUUAAGCCCACCCUAACUACCACCCUCUUCCCCCCCAAAAAAUAUGAUGAGAGAGAAUGAGUUGGGUUAGGGAAGAAGACUGCAGAUAGAAUUGGACUCGGUUGAAGCCUGGAGGUAAAAUUCCUUCCAGUGCUAUUUCUCUGGGAUCAUGGGUAAAUUUAGGCAAAUCACUUAACCUUUUUGCAUGCCAUGCCAUCAAUAAGAUGGGGACAGCACACAACUGGCUAGUGUCUCACUUGUUUAGGCCAGUAAACUACAAGUCUCAGCUUGUUUCUGAGUUAAGGCAGCUUAAUAGUUUAAUGCUUUGAUUGUAUCAGCGUUAAACAAUGAAAAUAGGAAAUAAAACUGUAUUGCUUGUGUUAAUAGAUGCUUUAGUUUCACGAAUGUUCUGUGACUGUAUAUGUGUAUUCAGUUUACAUUCUAUUCUAGUAUAUAAGUCUUCAAGGGUAAAGAUUUUGUUUUUUCUCUGGUUCUUCUCUUACUUCAUAUAGAAUAAUACCUGCUAUCUUGGGGGUAUUUAUAUCUACUUGUUGAAGGAGUGAAUGCAAGAAUACAUACACACACACACAACCUUGAUUGCAGCAUAAAAAAAAUUCUGUAUUAUUUUUGAAAUAGGGUUUCCCACUACCCUGAAACUCAAUGAUUUUGGUGGACUGGCUGGCCAGCAAGCCCCAGGGCUCCUCCUCCCCUUCAGUGCUGGGAUGACAGCGAGUGCCAGGCUUUUAUGUUGGUACUGGGGGUUGAAUAGGUUCACAUGCUUGUAGUUUACAAUUUGAGCCAUCUCCCUAGCUCCUAAAAAGAUGUCUUUGUAUGUGUGUGUGUUUUGUUUUGUUUUGUUUUUAGACAUGGAGAAUAAAUUUUGAAAGUCACCAAAUAAUUGA